AUGACUGGUACCUGUUCCAACAGUAGUGGCGUUGGUCGAAGCGGUACGUUUGCACAAGGCAACUUGCCGAGGUUCGAUGACAUUCCGGCAGUUGAUGGGAUGCCGCACGGGUGCGCGUGGAAUGUGUGGGGCCAAGGUGAUGAACUGGGUACGCUGAACCUGUUGACACCAGAGGUGGUGGCACGAUCGGCGGCGGAAAACAUCCGAACUGGCGAACGCGUGCAGAUCGAUUGGGGACUCGAUAGCGUCGAUGUGCCCGCGAACCAACGCAUGCACUUUCAGCACGACCUCAUCGACCUCAAGCCGAAACUCGGCGUCUACGCAACCGACGACGAGAUGCAUCUCAACACACAGACGUCUUCGCAGUGGGAUGGAUUCAACCACUUUGCACACCAGGCCACGCAUAUGUACUACGGCGGUGUCAAGCACGACGAUCUGCAUUCUGGCAAGAUCGACAAACAGCACCGCAACAGCAUGCACAAGUGGUGUCUGAACGGCGGAAUUGCAGGUCGCGGUGUGCUGGUGGAUUGGGUGCGAUGGUGGGAAGCCACUCGAACCGAGCCGCUUCCGGCUGGAAACUCAUCAUACGCCAUUCCGCUUUCGCAGAUCCAAGAGGUGCUCGAGUGGCAGAAGACGGAAUUGCGGACUGCAGACAUUUUGCUCCUGAGAACCGGCGUAGUGAGGUGGUUCGAACACGCCACGGAUGCGGAAAAGGUCAAGGGGAUGAUAGAAAACGACAACUUUCCGGGGAUCGAAGCUACCGAACAAGUCAAGAGGUGGUUGUGGGACAACCACUUUGCAGCAGUUGCCAGCGACAAUAUGUCGUUCGAGUUUGGCCCCCACGGAGACCUCUGGCUUCACGAGUGGAUCCUGCCCAUGUUCGGCUGCCCCAUCGGCGAGCUGUUUGACCUAGAACGUCUCUCGACUGCAUGCCAAAACCAUCAGCGCUGGACAUUCUUCCUCACAUCCGCUCCCCUUCGAGUCAAAGGCGGCAUCGCUUCGUCCCCGAACGCCAUCUGCAUCUUCUAA